CACACAAGUGAUGCAUGUACUUUUUAAGGAUCGAUGUGUCACUUGUUUCUUGAAUGCCGUUGUUGAAAACAGAGACAAAAACAGAGAAUUAAGGUAACAAUAUCAAAACAUAAGAUCUGUUUGGUUCCGAGUUUCGAAACUCGUUAACAACUUGACUCGGUGCUCCAACUCAUUGUGUUCUUACACGCUACGUUACUCUCUUUUUCUAUUUCACCUUGAAGCCAACGAGUUGAACUUGAACCACCGAGUUCAACGGUUUUUUUCCCCUCUACAUUGAAUUGUUAAUAACCGGAACGGUUCUUUCUAGUUGUUUGGGAACGCUAAAAUUAAUUGAGAGCUUAUUUGAAACGUGAGUUUUGGAUCAGUUAGGGAGGUUUUUGUGAUGUGAGUGAAGAAGAUGUUUCGUUCUGCAAAAUGGAGGAGUGAGAAAAACAGAAUUAAAAUUGUUUUCAAGCUUCACUUCAAUGCCACUCAGGUGUUACAAUCAGGGGUAGAUGCAUUGGUGUUGUCAAUAGUUCCUGGAGAUAUUGGAAGACCAACUAAGAGAUUAGAGAAAGCUACGGUUCAAGAUGGAAAUUGUAGGUGGGAAAAUCCGGUAUACGAAACAGUCAAGUUUAUUCAGGAUCCUAAGACUGGGAAAAUCAGUGACAAAAUAUAUAAUUUUUUGCUUUCCACGGGGUUAUCGAAAGCUAGCUAUAUUGGAGAGGUUUCUAUAAACUUUUCUGAUUAUGUAGAUGCCACAAAGCCUUCUCAUGUAUCUCUUCCCAUCAGAACUUCUCAUUGUGAUGCUGUUUUACAUAUAUCUAUCCAGAAGCUGCAAGAAAAUAGUGAUCAAAGAGAGGAAGAAGAAUGUGAAGUUGCCAAACUAAAAUUGGAUGAUAGGAGCUUAAGGAACCAAUUAAGCAAUGGAGAUACAGAUGAAAGCACUAAAAGUUAUUUUUCUGAAGAUGUAUCUACCAAAGCAAUUAUCAAUAGGACGUCUAGCGGAUCCGACAUUACACUAUCGAGUUCCGAUGACAGCUCCGGAGUUGAGACUCCGCGCGAAAUUGGACUGAGAAAAACAAACAUAAAACUCACCACCAACCAGUUUAUUCCAGCUAUGCAUCAUGCUGCAGAGCCUGCUGUCAAUGACUCAACAUCAGUGCAUGAUUUACAUCCGAGAUCACAAUGGGAAUUGUCAUCUAGCUCAGAGAUUGGGUUAAGUACGGGUGAUUCGAAAAAUCCUUCUCAUAAUGCACUUUCGAUGGAAAGAUCCCAACAAGAAGCGUCCCAUUUGGAGAUUGAGAGACUGAAGGCUGAACUUGCUGCUCUGGCUAGGCAGAUGAAUGUCUCAGACAUUGAACUACAGACCCUUAGGAAGCAAAUUGUAAAGGAAAGCAAAAGAGGGCAGGAUCUCACCAAGGAAAUCAUUAUCUUGAAAGAUGAAAGGGAUGCACUCAAGAUAGAAUGUAACAAUAUCAGGUUGUUCCACAAGCGCAUGGACGAUGCCAAAGUUAGAAACAGGUCGCAGUUGGAAAAUGGUGAUCUCCAUGCUUUUGUUGAAGAAAUUAGACAAGAAUUGAAUUAUGAGAAAGACACGAAUGCAAAUCUCCGAUUACAGUUAAAAAAGAUGCAAGAAUCGAAUGCUGAAUUGGUCCUUGCUGUGCAGGACUUAGAAGAAAUGUUGGAGCAGAAAAAUAGAGAUAUGUGUAAUGAUUCUAAUAAACGCGAACUACAUAAAAUUUCCCAAGAGUUAGGAAUGAAGCUCUUAAAAUGUGAAACAGAAGAUGAUGAUGAACAGAAAGCAUUGGACAAGUUUGUUAAGGAGAACAGCGAUGCCAAGGAGACGCAUUUGCUUGAGAAAAAAAUUAUAGACUUGUAUGGUGAAAUCGAAAUGUAUAGAAGAGACAAAGAGGAGUUAGAGAUGCAGGUGGAGCAGCUUGCAUUGGACUAUGAGAUAUUGAAACAGGAAAACCAUGGUAUUUCUCAUAAGCUAGAGCAAAGCCAACUGCAGGAACAGUUAAAUAUGCAAUGUGAGUGUUCAUCUCCUCAUGCUGCUAUGAAUGACAUUGAAACUCACAUUGAGAAUCUGGAAAAAGAACUCAAGGAACAGUCACAAGAUUUCUCAAAUUCUUUAGCUACCAUAAAGGAACUAGAAACUCAUAUCAGAAGAUUAGAGGAGGAACUUGAAAAACAAGCACAAGGAUUUGAAGCUGAUCUAGAAGCAGUGGCAUGCGAAAAAGUCGAUCAAGAGCAAAGAGCCAUCCAAGCUGAGGAAGCUUUGCGAAAGACAAGACUUAAAAAUGCUAACACUGCUGAGAGACUUCAAGAGGAAUUCCAAAGGCUCUCAAUGCAAAUGACUUCUACAUUUGAUGAAAAUGAAAAGGCUACUAUGAAAGCGUUGACAGAAGCAAGUGAACUGCGCGCGCAGAAAAAACUAGUGGAAGGAAUGCUUCAUAGAGUUGAAGAAGAGCUUCAAUCAACUAAAGUCGAUUACGAGGAAAAGUUGAACGAUCUUUCCAACCAAAUCGAUACAAUGACAGUUCAGAUACGGCAGAUGUUGGUGGAAAUUGAAGACAAGUCUAAGAAGCUCGAAAAUCAGACGAAGCUUGGGGAACAAGUUAAUAGUGAUUUCUCUGAGAAGAUCGAUAUGCUACAAGCCGAUAAUGAAAAGCUUAAAGUGGAGAUUUUGCACUUAAGUGAACAAGUAGAAGGAAAAGAAAUUUUAAGAUCUGACUUGGAACUUAUGAAGAAAUCAGUUGAGGAAUCUGAAAGACAGUUACAUAGAGGAACUGUGGAAAGAAAUGAAUUUAUGAGUACAAUUGCAUUAUUGAAGAAGGAAAUGGAGGAUUCGCUUAAUGAGCUAAAUAAAAUGAGAAAUCUCAAGGAUGAAAAGGAAGAAGAGGCUACAAUCUUGAAGUCAGAGUUGGAAGCUAUUAGAGCUCAAUGCAGUGAUUUGAAACAGUCACUUUUUGAGGAUGAGGCUGAGAAAGAAAAACUAAGAAAACAAAUUUCUCAGUUAAAGAGUGAAAUAAAGAAGAAAGGUGAUGCAUUAACCGGAAUUGAGAAGAGGUUCAGGGAUAGUAAUGGACGCACACAACUUUCUGAUGGAACUAAAACCAUUCCAAUCAACAAAAGAAAUUCUUCUAGUCCUCAGAAUUCCAAAGAAAUGGCAAGUCUGAGAGAGAAAAUAAAAAUGCUUGAGGGCCUGAUAAAGUCAAAGGAAGCUGCAUUAGAAACUUCAAAAACUUCAUCUAUGGAAAAGGAAAAGGAACUCCAAACCAGAAUUGUGGAGCUUGAGAACAAAGUGGAGGAAUUCAAUGAAUAUGUUAAUUUACACAAGUUGACAGAGAAAGAAACAGGAACAUCCAUAAUUGAUACUGCAGACAACAAUCUUAGUGAGAUAUUAACUGAACUGUCGUCAUUGAAGGAAAGAAACAAAUUGAUGGAAAGCGAACUCAAAGAGAUGCAAGAGAGAUACUCAGAAAUGAGUCUCAAAUUCGCCGAGGUAGAAGGCGAAAGACAAAUGCUUGUUAUGAUGGUACGAAACCUCAAGAGUAACCACAAGGGCUGAGAGUUCCUCUUGAUAUAUCUUGGAGCCUACAGUAUAUAGUUGUUUGUUUGCAUGUUUAAUUUGCAACAGUGGAACACAUUUCAUAAUGAAUAAAUUAAUUAAUGUGUU